AUGGGAUGUGUCAAGGGGGGAGAAAGGAGAAUAAACAAUGGGUGUUUUGCAGAGAUUGUGAGGGAGAGAGAGAGAGAGCUUGAGAUAUGGAAGGGACGGAACACGAGGAAAUCGGGUGUCACGGAAGGGAAGAAGCCAACGUGCUGGUUCACAAACCCAACACAGGGGCAUUUUUGUGAUGGGUUUGUAUCAAAGGAGCAUCGGGAGUUUCACUGAUCUGCUUCAGAAAGUGCAGAUCAAUUAUCUGCGUCUCCAUUGCCCACUUCUCCAAGGUCCCCAAAGUCCCCUAAAUCUUCAAAGUCCCGAAAGUCUCCAAAGAUUCAGGGGAAACAUGGAAAAGGAAGUCCACUCAAGCAUGAUAGACAUUCACAUUCUGCAGUUGAUGGGCAUCCUAAAAAGGGUGGUUCUGGGGGUAAAGGCACCUGGGGAGGGAUAAUUGAUACAGAUGACAGUUACACUGCUGACCCGAAUGACCCAAACUUCAAUAGCAGUGAGGAGUGUGAAAAUUCCGAUGCAAGAAAAGAGAGGGUUGAUUUUGAGGAGUACAAAAAGAAAGCUACAAUAAUAGUGGAGGAGUACUUUCCUACUGAUGACAUUACCUCAACUGCAAAUGAACUUAGAGAGCUUGAUAGGCCUACCUAUAGCUACUAUUUUGUAAAGAAGUUUGUCUCUAAGGCGAUGGAUAGGCAUGACAAAGAAAAAGAAAUGGCUGCUGUUCUUUUAUUUGGACUAUAUGCUGACUACAUUGACCCCCCACAAGUUUACAAGGGGUUCUGAAAAUUUGUAGAAUCGGCGGAUGACUUCAUUGUAGACAUACCUGAUACAGUUGAUGUUCUUGCACUGUUCAUUGCCCGAGCUGUGGUUGAUGACAUACUUCCUCCUGCAUUCUUGAAGAAACAAAUGAACUAUUUACCUACAGAUUCAAAAGGGAUUGAAGUAUUGACAAGAGCUGAAAAGGGCUACUUAGCAGCCCCGCUCCAUGCAGAAAUCAUUGAGCAGCGAUGGGGAGGUAGCAAGAAAAUGACUCUGGAGGAUGUCAAAGCUAAGAUAAAUGAUUUGUUGACAGAGUAUGUAGUGAGUGGUGACAAGAAAGAGGCGUGCAGAUGCAUCAAGGAUUUGAAAGUUCCCUUUUUUCACCAUGAAAUAGUUAAACGAGCUCUAGUAAUGGCAAUGGAGAGGCGUCAAGCUGAAGGCCAGCUACUAGAUUUGCUGAAAGAAGCUGUUGAAGAAGGUUUAACAAACUCAAGUCAAGUAUCAAAAGGCUUCGGUAGGGUGAUUGACUAUGUUGACGACUUAUCACUCGACAUACCAAUACCAAAUGCACGAGGUAUAUUGUAGUCAAUGAUCUCCAAGGCAGCAUCAGAGGGCUGGUUGUGUGCUUCAUCUUUGAACACUCUCUGUGCAACCAGAAAGCGAUUAUUAGAAGAUAGUGUUGCUAGAGUUUUCAAGACGAAGGCUCAAUCUAUUAUUCAAGAGUUCUUAUCUGGAGAUAUCUCAGAAGUAAACAGUUGUCUAGAGUCUGAGAAUAGUACUUGUUCACUUGAGCUGAAUGCUAUCUUUGUUAAAAGAUUGAUAACUCUAGCAAUGGAUCGCAAGAACAGAGAGAAGGAAAUGACAUCCGUCUUACUGUCAUCCUUGUGUUUUCCAGCUGAAGAUGUAGUAAAUGGGUUUGUAAUGUUGAUAGAAUCUGCAGAUGACACAGCUCUGGAUAAUCCAGUAGUUGUCGAAGAUCUUGCAAUGUUUCUCGCUAGAUCUGUGGUGGACGAAGUUCUAGCCCCACAGAACUUGGAAGAGAUUGGAAGUCAGUGCUUGGCAUAAGAGUCAAUUGGGAGCAAGGUCCUUAAAAUGGCCAAGUCAUUGCUAAAGGCUCGGCUUUCUGGGGAGCGGAUAUUAAGGUGUUGGGGUGGUGGUGGCAGACCUGGAUGGGCAGUUGAGGAUGUGAAGGACAAGAUUGGGAAGCUGCCAGAAGAGUUCGAGUCGGGAGGGGAUGUAAGAGAGGCUUGCCGCUGCAUGGAGGAGUUAGGCAUGCCAUUUUUCAACCAUGAGGUUGUCAAAAAAGCUCUGAUGACGAUUAUGGAAAAGAAGAAUGAGAGACUUUGGACUUUGCUGGAGGUAUGUUUUGGCUCUGGACUCAUCACAAUGAACCAAAUGGCAAAGGGGUUUGGGAGAGUUGCAGAGUCUCUAGAUGAUUUGACUUUGGAUGUUCCUGAUGCCCAGAAACAAUUUACAAAUUACGUUGAACGAGCAAAGAAUGCAGGGUGGUUGGAUUCCUCAUUUUGUUUCAGCAAAUUAGGACACAGUACUGAGAAUGGCACUGGCUAAUUAGUUAGCUAUUUUCUUAAUCGCACAUACGAGCGUAUACACACAAAAAUAUGCAUGCAACCAAACAUAUUGUAAAAAUCUAGUUACAUUUUCCUUGUCCAUCAUCUUCUUUAGCUACUCUCUCCUCCUUUUUUCUGGCUUAUUGAUCAUUGAUCAAUUGAAUACUGGUAGAUUUUCUUUUGGAUGAAUAAGAGAUUAUUUUUC